AGAUGGAACCCGUCCAAAGUGGGAGUGCCACAUGCAGCGGCUACAAAUACGCACCGAGCCAAGGCAUCUGCAGCUCAUCAGCACCACUGGACUUCACUGAAACACCACAGAGGGCACCGCUGCACUUUUCACCGUCUAACUAAAGAACGUUUGCCGCGUUAAAGGAUUAGGACAAAACCGUUUUCAUCACCUGACGUCCAAUAUGAGUGGUGUGGCAGAAUGGCUCCUGGAGAACAGGGACAAGAUCGAAAAGGGAGUGGAGAUCCUAGGCCAAGGCUGUGAGAUCCUGGCAGCCACUGUAGGCCAGUUCAAUCCCAUCCUGGAGGCAGUAUUUAAUGUCUCGGCUGAGCUCCUAAGCAACCCAGAGGGCAAAGAGGCUAGGUAUCUUGCUGAGCAGUUUGACAAGGUCAACCAGAAUUUGGAAAAGGUCCAGAGUGAGAUCAAGAAAACAGAGCUGGCGAUGCAGCGAUCAUCGUUGAACAUGGAGUACUUCACUUUUUACACACAGAUAAUCAACCAGCAUGAAAUGUUCAAAUAUAUUUUCACAGCCAAACCCAAGUUUAAGAAGUUGAAGAGAGAAGAGUUCAUCAUCCACUUUGAGGAAUAUGAAGGAGACAAGAACCUUGAUUGCUUGUAUGAAGGUAUCGUGAAAGAGAACAAAUCUGGACAGACAAUGCUGGACACUAUAGUGGCCACUGAGCAGCGGAGCAGGAGGGCAGUGGAGGAAUUCUGUGCUAGCCUGAAGAAGGUGCUUGUGGUUGGGAUCAUUUCACUGAUGGGCUACGCUGCACUAAAGGAAGACACCGUGGAAGAGGAAUUGGCGAAGAAAUGGCUCGCACGCAUGGAGGACGUGGAGAUGCGCAUGAAGGCGGCAGUGGAUGAAUGUGUGAACAACUUCUCUGAGCAAGCCAAGAUUGAUAUAGAUGAGAAAGUCAAGGAGAAGCAGAGCAGUGUCGACCCUGAGUUUACUAAAUUCAUACUGGAUGCUCUUGUGGAGAAGUAUUACUGGGUCUCCUGGUCAGUCCGGGUGUUUAAAGAUGAUGAAACCAAACUUCUGAAGCUUCUGUUUGGCAAACAGCGCCAUAUAAAUGGUGGAAGUGACAAUUAUUUUGAACAUUUCUGCAAUAAUAAAAUAAGGAUUGUGGUGUCUUUCACUGCAGACCCUAAACCACUCAACAAGAACCAGAUAAAGGAUCAAAUAGAGAAUGAGAAAGGUGGCGUGGAGGCUGUGGCUGAGUCCCUGAGCAAGAGUUUUCCCAACUGCUUUGUCCAUACCAUCAGUCGCUCUAAGAAAGUGGAGGAAGCCAAUAAUUUCAAUCCUGAUGACUUUUAUUAUAUUUCUCACAAAAAAGCCCACAUUUGUAUCCACUCAGAAUAAUGGAAUGUAGAUCAGACAAAAUAUAUUGCUGCCAAUCAGAGUCUUCACUAUGUGCUCACUGUGGAAUCUUAAGGCUUCUAUUCAACAAUGGACUGUAUAUUUUUUUGCAAAAGAUCUAUGAUUAUUGUUGUUGUUGAUGUUGAUGUUCAUGAUGAUGAUGUUAAAGCACUUAAUUAUAGAAUCCAGACAGAUUUUGACUGAGAUUCGAAGAACAAAGGCUAUUAAGAAGGAAAAAUGGACUGAAAAGAAGUUUGAUAUUGUUUUAUUUUUAUUUUUUUUAAAUCAGCAUAUUAAUCCUUCUGUACUAAUUAUCAUCAGUAACUCUUCCCAUUUCUACCAUACUCAUUAAUGAAUAAUCAAUAAAUAAAGUUACAUUACUUGA